CCCCCGCCGUUGGGGCUUUGCGGCCCCCUCCACCUCUCUAGCCCCCUCGUCCUCUCCUGCCCCCCGACGUCGGGGCUUUGCUGAUCUGGCUAAACGUGUGGUGAUGCAGGAAAGACUGAAGAAAGCUGAGCUGGAGGAGGCUGAAGCGGGUGAGGAAGACGAGGAUCCCGAGGAGGACUUGUCGUUUGAGGAGAUGGAGGAGAAGGCCACGUCUGGAGAUGCCAGAGCACAGACCAGUCUGGGCAGAUACUACCUGGGGUUGGCUGAGGAGAAGGAGGCGGAGCUUAAUAACCGCCUGGCAGUUGAUUGGCUGGUGCAGGCCGCUAAGCAGGGACGGAAGAGUGCAGCCCGUCUUCUACAGCGCUGCUGGAUCCAGAGGACAGGUAUCGGUGAGGAUAAUGAGGAGGAGGUGCGUCGUCUGUCGACAGAGAGCAGGUUUGAGCAGACGGUCCGGAAGGCGGCCAUGAUGAUGUUCAGGAAGCUGAACCCCGACAGGAAGGAGAAGAUGGCGGUGUCUGAGAUGAUGGAGAACGUUGGACAGGUCAACGCUGUGCACGGUGGCGCCACCACGGACCAAACCCAGAAGGUCCUGGAGAACAUGGUCACUGGAGAGACUGGUCAAUUUGUUGACCUGGAUGACUUUGUAGAGAUCACUAAGAGGUAUACCCAGGGCAUGGCCCCCAGCACGGGCUCUACCCAGAGCCAGGGCCCUGCACAAACCUCUGGAGAGAAGCAGAGUGGCCUGGUCCCCAAGAAGCCUCAGAAGGGAGUGUGGGGGAUGGGUCGGAGUGACAUGUUGAUGGACACCAGACGACACUUCCUGGUGUUGCAGUACCCUAUAACUGCAGUCAUCGAGGUGAAGGAUCAGCUCAUUGAUUGGGCGUCUCGCGCCGGCGUCCAAUGGCUGAGCACGGUGAUCCCCACGCACCACGUCAACGCGCUCAUCUUCUUCUUCAUCAUCAGUAAUCUGACUGUUGACCUGUUUGCCUUCUUCAUCCCACUCCUUGUAUUCUACCUCUCCUUCAUCUCCAUGGUGAUCUGCACGCUACGCAUCUUCCAGAGCAGCAAGGCGUGGGAGAACUUCAGUGCCCUAACAACCCUGCUGACCAGGUUUGAGCCUGGCCUGGACGUGGAGCAAGCAGAGUCGAACUUUGGCUGGAACAAUCUAGAACCCUACCUCUACUUCCUGAUAUCGGUGUUCUUCAUCGUCUUUUCCUUUCCCGUCGCUGAUAAAGGAUGGAUCCCCUGCUCGGAGCUGUCCACGGUAGCCAUCUUGUUCACGGUGGUCAGCUACAAGAGCCUGAGUCCCUCGGGCGCCACCUACGCCAAACGGGCGCUCAUCACUGAGGUGGCAACGUCCUUGUGUUCCCUGACCAGUCUCCUGCCCCAGAGUGCUGUUCUGCUGAGGAUGCUGAGUCACACCUUCACUACCCUGCCACUAGGGGACUCAGUGGUGAUGAAGAUCAGUCUGCCCUGCCUGCUGGACCUCUACCUCUACUUCCUGUUCUUCAGUAUGGCUAGGCAGCGUGGUUUCCGUGGGACCUACUGUUUCCUGGUCCCCUACUUGGUCUGCUUCCUGUGGUGUGAGUUCUCUGUGGUGCUGCUCCAAAACUCUUCCCCCGUGGGGCUCAUCCGGACCUGCGUUGGCUACUUCCUGUUCCUGUUUGCCUUGCCCGUGCUGGCCGUGGGACUGGCCGCCAUGGUCCUCAUCCAGCUGGUCAAAUGGUUCCUGGAGCUGGAGCUCACCAAGAUGAUUGUGACGCUGGCCGUGUGUGCGGUGCCGGUGACACUGAGGCUGUGGACGCGCUUCGGCCUGUCUCUCAUGGACGUGUUCCACUCCAUGUCGCAACGCGGCGCCGUCAAGCUCAUCCUGUGCUGCGUCACCAUGGUGAUGCUGUUCUUCUGGAUGUACGUGUUCCACUCCGAGGGACUGCAGGGGUAUAACUCUACGUUGACCUGGAAACAGUACGGGCAGCUCUGUGGUCCUCCUGCCUGGAAGGUGAAAGGUGUGGCUCAGACACAGAUCUUCUGUACACACCUGGACGGACACCAGGUGACGUGGACCGGGAGGUUCAGGCAGGUGCGUGUAGCGGAAACUGAGAACGGAGCCCAGUCCGUCAUCAACCUGCUGCCGGUGUUCAUGGGAGAUUGGUUACGCUGUCUUUACGGAGAGACCUAUCCUAAAUGUGACCCGCUGCGGAACAACUCUACCAACACCUCCACAUCCUCAACGGCCAACUCCAACACCCCCGACGCCACGGCAACCGUCGCUAAUGCUAACCUCACCACCGCCGACUACGCCAACGCCACAGCGAUUGGCGUUGCCGCGCCGACGGCCGUCCUCCUCCGGCAGCAGGAAGAGGAGGAGCUGUGUGUGAUUAAGGCUUUGGCCAAACACACGUGUCACGUGAAGCGAUACGACAGCUAUGUGUUGGAGGUGGGCGUGGGGAUGCCCGAGGAAGACGGGAUUCCAGAGGACCGGGCCAGAGACAUCAAACUGGUGGCCAGUCAUGAGUUCAGACAGGUGUUGCUGCGCCUGCAGCCCGGCAGCCUGGUGGAGUUCAGCACUACGUUGGAGGGUCGUCUGGGGGGCCAGGUCCCGUCAUUCGAGCUAAAGGCCAUCUACUGUCUGGACUGUGACUCCUCCCUUCUGACCUCUGCCGGACAGGUGAAGAUCGAGAGAGACUGGAGACGGACCACACUCAACUCCGUCAAGUUCGCGUUCGACUUCUUCUUCUCUCCCUUCCUCUCAGCACGUAUCGACGUGUGACAGGGCGAGGAAGGAGAAAGAUGUAGUGACAGGACGAGGAAGGAGAGAGAUGUAGUGACAGGACGAGGAAGGAGAGAGAUGUGGUGACAGUGUGAAAAAUACAAAGAGGAAUAGAUGGAUAGAAGGAUUUCAAUUCAGCACAACUUUAUUUUUGUCCUGGAAUGUUUUAAUGUUUACAAUAGUUUGUCUUGGACCUUGCCCCC